AUGGUUUCUCUGAGUAAUCACACUCUCGAGAGCAUAGGAGUUUCUAAUAUCUUUGAGCGUGAACAGCCUGAAUAUUAUCUUCUUUUCCGCUAUGAGACCAGGCUUGGCAAUGGUUUUCUGGCCUUCUCGUAUCUGCUGGUCCUUGCCUACUGUUUUAUUGGAUUAUCAGCUAUAACUGCUCGAUUUUUCCUGUCUAUGGAAAACGUCGUUAAGCAUACUCGGACAGUGGUGGAAAUAGAUCCUUACACAAACGCCAAAACAGUCAAACAUGAAAAAGUGUGGAAUUAUACCAUAGCAGACAUCACCCUGCUGGCAUUUGGGACUAGCUUUCCCCAGAUCUCUUUGGCCACAAUUGAUGCAAUCAGGAAUCUCGGGAAUUUGCAUGCUGGAGGUUUGGGUCCUGGAACACUAGUUGGUUCUGCUGCGUUUGAUCUAUUUCCUAUCCAUGCGGUUUGCGUGGUAGUUCCCAAAGCUGGAGAACUGAAAAAGAUAUCAGAUGUUGGAGUCUGGCUUGUGGAGCUCUUUUGGUCUUUCUGGGCUUACAUCUGGCUCUAUAUAAUACUAGAGGUGUGGUCUCCAAAUGUUGUUACUCUAUGGGAAGCUUUGUUGACAGUGCUGCAAUUUGGGCUAUUGUUGGUUCAUGCAUAUGCGCAAGACAAACGUUGGCCAUACUUGUCGCUUCCACUGGAAAGAACUGAGAGGCCAGAAGAUUGGGUACCAGCAGAAGCUGCUAUAUGUAGACAUGGAAACAUUGUUCAUGAUGAGCACUCUGAAAUUCUUCAAGUUGAUGAAGAGAACAGCAAAAGCAUUGUUGACAUUUUCUCCAUUCACUCAGAAAAUGGGACGGGUCCUGCAUAUCAAAACUUGAGCUAUACUGAUGCUGAUGAAUCUUGCUCUGAUAAUUUUCACAAGGAGAUUGUUCCUGGAGAAGAUCACGUGCUUCCUAUUUGGAAACAGCAAUUCAUCGAUGCCUUAAUGUUGGAAAGUCCUGAAUCAAGAAAACUGAACAAUAUAUCCGUACGGGCUGCUAAAAUUUUCUGGCAGUUGCUCCUUGCACCUUGGAGAUUACUCUUUGCUUUUGUACCUCCUUAUCAGAUUGCACAUGGGUGGAUUGCCUUCAUUUGCUCUCUACUCUUCAUCAGUGGAAUUGCUUACAUUGUAACAAAGCUUACCGAUCUAAUAAGCUAUGUCACAGGUAUCAAUUCUUAUGUCAUAGCAUUCACAGCAUUGGCCGCUGGAACCUCAUGGCCAGAUCUAGUUGCAAGCAAGAUUGCUGCAGAAAGGCAGAUAACAGCUGAUUCUGCGAUUGCUAACAUCACUUGCAGCAAUUCUGUGAACAUUUAUGUGGGCAUUGGCAUACCAUGGCUCAUCGACACAUUGUACAACUUCAUAGCGUACAGGGAACCAUUGCAGAUAGAGAAUGCAGAGGGACUUAGCUACUCUUUGCUCGUUUUCUUCUCGACUUCUGUAGGCUGUAUCGGGGUUUUGGUAUUAAGGCGUCUUAUUUUUGGUGCAGAACUCGGAGGUCCAAAACUUUGGGCUUGGAUUACUUGUGCGUAUUUCAUGUUACUAUGGCUUAUUUUUGUCACGUUGUCGUCUUUGAGAGUUUCUGGCAUCAUUUGA